AUGGCGACCGUCUCUUGCGCUCUGUCGGACCUGCCUUUGGAGCAACUCACCCUCUACCAGGCUUCCGAUCCCUAUCUGUCCUCCAUCUUCAUAUUCCAUGGCCCAGUUGCUACUGCAAAUGCCACCGUCAGCAGUUCCCGAAUCCAGGCGCAUAUCUUCACCCCCGCCGGCUUCCAAAGCUAUCCCCGAAUCACCAUCUCCCCCGCCGCACCGCUAUACGCCGCUGUCAACCACCUGCCUCGCGAGAAACAAGGUGAUGAAGUGUGUCGCGGCUUGGCCGUCAGUAUGCUAAAGUACUUUGCCGAACUGUCCGAUCCUGCCAAAAAAUGCCUGUACGAGAUGGCCCGCGCGGGGAAGCCCGGGGGCCAGAUACCCAAGUUGUUCGAUGAGAUGCAUGCAGCGGAUUUGGCAAAUCGCAUGACCAAGGUUGACCAGACUUCGGACAUUGUACGCGACAUCCGUGGCGCUUUCCAGGAGCGCAAGGUUCCCUGGGUCGAUAUCGAUCUGGUGCUGCCCGCAGGGUCCAUUCAACCCCCCCAACGGCCCGAGUCCGAUGACGAUGUGGAUAUCGAAGAAAACCCAGACAGCGAGUAUGGCCAGUAUUCGUUGCUCAUUCGAUCGCUGGGCGAGCCCAUGUUCCUACCGACGUCCCGAUUGAAACGCGCCCCGUCGCAACCGACCAACGUGAGCAAAUCCAAGGUGUUUUCAAGGAGUCAGAAGGAGGCUCUCCGUUUGACAAUGUGUGAGGUUGUGGAUACAGAGGAAAGAUAUGUGGCCAAGCUCUAUGCUCUGGUGUGCAAUGUGGCGGAGGAAUUCAGAUUAAAAGCUCAGGGUAGAGCGACAUCAAGCUCGAGUCCCGACGAGUCGGCCCUGGAAACUCUGUUUCCUCCUUGUUUAAAUGAGAUCCUCGACGUCAACAUGGGAUUUCUGGAAGUAAUUCGACAUGUAUUAGAAGAGACGGAGAAAGACGCCAUUUUCGAUAUCGGUGAGGAUACAGAACUUCCGUCGUCCGUGUCGCAUCGAUCGUCAAGAGACGGAAAGGAUGCUAUCGGUGCCACCGCAUUCGCAAAUGCGCUACUCGAAUGGUUUCCACGGUUCUCACAACCUUAUGCGAACUAUAUGCACGCCCAUACCACCUUCACCCAGACAUUGAACUCAUUCAUGAGGGAUAAACACUCCAGCUUUUCGAAACGGGUGUACGAAACAGGGGAGCAGAGGCUACGCUCGUUACUUAUGGAGCCCGUCCAACGGCUGCCCCGAUAUAGUCUCUUGAUUGAUACAAUGACAAGUAGCCUGCCGCUGGUCCACCCUGCCGUCCGACCUUUCCUAAAAGCCCGCGAUAUCAUCAAAGACAUAUGCUCGCUAGAUGACCCCGCAUCGACAAAUCAUGGGCAGAGCUUCCAAAGGCUAAAAGAACUGGUCGACGGGUGGCCGACAAACAUCGUGCCUGUUGGUCGUUUGAUAUCAGCGGUGGAAUUCAACGAGCUGUCACCGCCAUAUCACAUGGAUGCCCAGACUGCCAGCCCGAGUAUGGGGAUUAUGUUACUUUAUAAAAAUUGCUUGGUUCUCUUAUCAAAAGCUCCAGAAAGCAGAAUGACAGCACGUGGUUUAAUGGCUGAUCUGGACAAUGCAGCUUCCACCGUCAACGACUCUUCCGGCUCAUUCACUUCUACAGAGAUAAGGGUUGCUCAAGUAUACGAUCUCCAUACCAUGCGCUGCAUGCAGUCUGCGUGUGGCCGAAUUUUGUUCCUGGCUUCCGCAUCAGUCAAGUCCCGAGCGGAAAAGGGGAAUACGGUAGAUCUCCUGGCAUUGGAGCUGACAGCCAUGUAUGAGGGAAGGGCCAAUCGCUUGAUCGAAGAGAUCGUCAAGGCCAGAAUUGAAGGCAGAUUCUCCGAAGCGGAACGUGAAAGUGGUAAAUGGACGAUCAGAAGUCCCACUGGAACUGUCGGAAAUAUCGGCAUGUUGGCAUGUGUGUUCGAAGAGGAUCAAGGGAACGCAAUGAAACGAAAUGGCUCUUCCCGUAUCAGAGUUGUGUUCGAUACCCCAAAGGCUGAUUGCAGCCAGAUACUAAACGACACGGAUUUAGAAGUGAUUGUUUCGGUAUCUGCAUCGUUUGAGGAUCAGUAUCGUGUUGAUAUGGAUUCAAUAGUUGGCACUGCAACCUCAGAUAUGGUGACGGCAGACAGCUUCGUUCCGGUCCUCUCAAAACGACUCUUGAACAUACUUUUGCCUUUGCAUGGCUCUCAAAACCAGACCAUGACAGAGUCCAUCGUUCAUUCUAAUUUUGAGAUUCUGCGUUAUCUGGCAAGCAAUUUCAUGACGCAGGUCAAAACGCCCCGUGGAUUCCGACCCCCUUCUCCUUCGAAACUGCUUUCGAGUCUAUUAGGAGGGAGCCAGUCGAAAGAUAGCUCUUCAAACGCCAAAGCACCCAAUUCCGCGUCGCUUCUGGGAGAGUUCCCAAAGAUGCCUCCCCCGAGAGCGAACCAUUCUCGAUCUAACACCCUGCCUUCGGUAUUUCCCGGUAAAGAAGACACCUCGAAUAGGAUCUCGGUGGUUGGAGGAGCGCCCGCCAAAGGACAAGAUGAUCAGUUUGGGCUGCUGGAGCAGACUUUUGCUGCCUAUGCCCUGUCUCUACAAUCCAGGAGCGGCAAUAUCGUAGGACGUUCACUUCGCGCGCGAGAACAUGCUGACAGGUCAACGGUCAACGAGCUUUACAAUAUUCUACUCGAGGACCCCAGCAAGAUCCAGGCUGCCGCAGAAGUACCCGUCGAUACGCUUUUUGUUGCCUUUGAGACCUUCAUCGCGAACGCAUGGCGAGAUCACAUGGGUCCAAUACUUGAUCCUCCCUCUUUAAAGCUAAUCCAAAACCAGUUCGAUACCAUGCAUCCCCUGGAUUUCGACGACAGCUUUCGCAGGUUUCUAGCUGAAAUGAGCCCGCAGAAUCGCCGCGCUCUUGCUUCCUUGGUGCGGUUGCUGGCAGAGCUACUAGAUGCCUCUGGAAAUGAUGGCGAUAGAGGGGCUUUGACGGCUGCUUUCGCAGAGGUCCUGACUGUGGAGGGAGAUCCGAUGCAUCAUGUUUCUCUUUUAGAUCGGCUGGUAGAGGAUUUUGACAAUCUUUUUGAGGAAUUCAUCCCCGGUGGUUCUUCGCUGGAAGGCACUUUGACAUGUGAUCAAACCAAAUCUGCGUCGCAAAAUGCCGGUUCUAUUAGUUCCAAUGCUUCUUCAUUCCGGAAACGCUUUGGCUUCAGUUUACACCGCGAAGGUUCAAAGCACGAUGGAGAGAGCAAGGUUUCAUCGAUCUUACGAACUCUGAGCAAGAGCAAAGGCUCGGGCGACUCGGAGCCCAACACCCCCAAAGGCACACUAUCACGCUCCAAGUCGAUAGAUGUCGACGCUGGAAUGAAUCUUCUGUUACGCCCAGGCUCUCGCGAUCGUCCCAUUCCGGGCUCGUCACACUCACAAGACCACUUUCGUCGACCCGGCAGUUCUCAAGAGCAACCUCCAUCUUUGUCUUCUAUCAGGGGUAUAUCAACUAACGGUCCUGUGAAGGCUCGGAGGAAGAGAAGGAGUUCACUAUCCGAUCUGAGACCCGAUACUGCUUCUUCGGACACUUCUGGUGUUUCCCCGACUCAGCCUCUGAGGCCUACAACUCCAUCUUCGAAUCGUCCUCAGUCAGAAUUUAUAACGCCAUCGACACAACCGAGACCGCAAGGCAGCCAAGGAUCAGCAUCCUCUUUCCGGAGUUCAUCACCAGCAAAGGGAGCCUCUCCUUCUCGGAUGACUUCACCAGUCAGAAGAUCGCCGACACGUCCUGUGACCCCGAGUCGGAAAGAAAACAUCGAUCCAAAGUUGACCCAAACAGAGCGCACGGCCAAUAAAAAGAGCGAUGGCUCUUCUUCGCCACCUCAAGAUAUCAAAAGAAGAUCCCGCGCCACCAGUAUACCCCAUUCAAGGGCGACUGGACUCAAAGAGCGCCCCACUGCAGUCAAUGGUUCUGAUAUCAAACGCGCCCAGCCUUCAUCCUCCACCCAAAAACCGCAGAAAUUGCGGAUGCAAAGCCCACAAAAGCUCCGGGAUCGUCUUCAAAACGAAAAGAAAGCACAAGCGUCUGCGCAACUGGGACUCAAGGAUGAACUGGACCUGAUUGGUGAAGAAAUGCAAGCCUUGAAGCUUGUUCCGACACAACCCAAGGCUGCAGGUCAAUACGAAUCUUCUGAUGAAUCACACUCUCCCUCGACGGCCAUUCUAUUAUCCCGUAUUAACAGCCUUGAGACGCGAUUUGAUUCCCUUUCUGGGGAAUUUACCGGCCGGACAUCUGCAAUCGAAAAGGAUCUGGAAUCGUCUCUUGUUGUCAGCGAGAAGCGGGCGAAGAAAUUGGACGAGCUGUACCGUGAGGCUAGUGCCGAGAAUGAAGCUCUUUAUGAUCGAUUCAACUUUGAGCUGAACAAAAUCGCCAGAGACGUCCGAUCUGGGAAUGCUGACGAAGCUCUCAAGUCUCAAUUAUCCGGGGCUCUCGAGGAAAUCGGGAGACUGAAGAAGGAAAAUUUCCGGCUAAAGAGGGAGGUCGGCGGUUUGCGCGCCCAGCAAGCUGCGGUGGCUCUCUUGAAGGCAAGCGAAUAA